AUGGAUUCAAAUACUACAUUAUUAUAUGAUUAUGAACAUGAAAAGGAAUUGGAAAUAAAUAAUAAAUUAUCCAACACAUAUAAGUCCGAUUUUUCAGAUUUGGAUGCUUUGGAUUCAUCUGAAUAUGAUAGCGAAUGGGAAUUCAGCGAACAAGAUGACUGUUGCACCGAUGCAUCUGAAGAUUUAAAUCAGGUGAUAGCUACCAGUGAUAACAAUAUUAUCGGGGUAGAGAUUAGUGAGCAUAUGUUAAACUCUGAUAAAAUAAAUAUGAUGAAAGGAUUGAUAUUGGGUUCUAUAUUUGGUGCUAUGUUUGCAAGUUAUGUUGCACCAUUAAUUUCUAAAAUAAUUAACAAGAAUUAA